UUAUUUUAAUUUUCUGUUUCUCCUUCGCACAGAAAUAACGAUCGCCUGCCCAAUGGAGUCCUGUACGCAUCGGUCAAUCCUGAGUACUUCAGUGCUGCUGACAUGUACGUGCCGGACGAGUGGGAGGUCCCGCGGGAGAAGAUGACCAUGUGUCGGGAGCUGGGCCAGGGUUCCUUCGGGAUGGUGUACGAGGGGAUCGCCAAGUGCGUGGUGAAGGGCGACAUGGAGACACAAGUGGCCAUCAAGACCGUUAACGAGUCGGCCAGCAUGCGCGAGCGCAUCGAGUUCCUCAACGAAGCGUCCGUGAUGAAGGAGUUCAACUGUCAUCAUGUGGUCCGUCUGCUUGGUGUGGUAUCCCAGGGCCAGCCCACCUUGGUGAUCAUGGAGCUGAUGACCCGUGGUGACCUGAAGAGCUACCUGCGUUCACUCCGGCCCGACGCAGAGAAUAACCCUGGCCAACCGCCCCCCACCCUGAAGAAGAUGACCCAGAUGGCGGGCGAGAUUGCCGACGGCAUGUCCUACCUGAACGCCAACAAGUUUGUUCACCGGGAUUUGGCCGCUCGUAACUGCAUGGUGGCAGAAGACUACACGGUGAAGAUUGGAGACUUUGGGAUGACCCGGGACAUCUACGAGACGGAUUAUUACCGCAAAGGAGGCAAGGGGCUUCUCCCCGUCCGCUGGAUGUCGCCCGAAUCCCUGAAAGACGGAGUUUUCACCACGAACUCUGAUGUCUGGUCGUUUGGCGUGGUGUUGUGGGAGAUCGCCACGCUGGCAGAGCAGCCGUACCAGGGCAUGUCCAACGAGCAGGUGCUGCGUUUCGUCAUGGAGGGCGGCUUACUGGAGCGGCAAGAAUCCUGCCCCGACAGCCUGUUUGAGCUGAUGCGUUUGAGCUGGCAGUACAACCCCAAGAUGCGUCCCUCCUUCACCGAGAUCAUCCAGAGCAUCAAGGUGGACCUGGAGCCCUGCUUCAAGGAGGUGGCGUACUUCUACAGCGAGGAGUGCAAGAGCCGCGACCAGGAGGAGUUUGACAUGGAGACGGAGAACAUGGAGAGCGUUCCUCUCGACCCGUCCUCCAUGCUGCAGCACGCUGCCUCCGCCGCCGACAAACACUCGGGCCACAAGGUGGAGAACGGCCCCGGCAUCGUGCUGAGGGGCAGCUUCGACGAGCGGCAGCCCUACACGCACAUGAACGGCGGCAGGAAGAACGAGAAGGUGUUGCCUCUGCCCCAGUCCACAGCCUGCUGAUCCCCUGCACACACACACGCACACACACACACACACAGACGCGCACGUCUCAUUGAACAAACCUGAUAGGGUUGUUCAAUCUGUGUGUGUCCAUGUGCGUGCACACAAAGACAUUCUCACACACACACACACAUACAGACGCACACAUACAGACACGUGCACACACGCAGACACAGACACGCACACACACACGUACACGAACAUGUCUCAUUGAACCAAGCUGAUAGGGUUGGUUCAAUCUGUGUGUGUCCAUGUGUGUACACACCAAGACAUUCUCUCACACACACACACACAUGCUCACACACUUGCCUCAUUGACCAGCCUGCCUCAUCUUUCUACACUGGGACUAAGUUGACUCCUUGACAACAAGCCCAUGGGGGGCAGGUUUGGAAGAGCAUCCCCGGUGGUGGCCGGGGUCUCGUGGGGAGGGGGGGCGAGUCAGAGCCCAGUCCGCUGCCGACAUUGGGGAGGAGGAGGAGGAGGAGGAGGAGGAGGAAGCGGACGCGUGCCUCGCACGGCGCUGAGAGAGAGGCGGACGGAGCAAGCAGCCGCUCCUUGCCAGGACGCCCGAAACCAGCCAGCGCAAAGAAGGACAAAAAAAGGAACAGAUAAGUGCUAAGUAUUCUCUGAUCUGCUCAGUACUAUUUCAGUAGAAUUCUAGUGAAUGGGUCUUGCAGUUCUAUGUUUGACCAUUAAUCUUUGAAUAUUCAUUGUGUCACUUUUAUAACCUUUAUGAUUUAUUAUCGACCUGUCUUUAAAGAAAAGCUGCUAUGAUUUUUUUUUCCCCCCUUAACUCUGGGGAUGAAAUGUACUUUAACUUCAAGACAUGACCCUUUCUUCCCCUCAACACCCCAGACCUCCCUUCCAUUUCCUUCAUCCAGUUUCUGAACGCUUUAUACAAUGGUUCCAAUCGACUCUUAUUUCUUCUUGGUAUCGGUACCGAAAGUGUAGCCUCCUUGUGUGGCUGCCUUCGUGUUUUUUUUUUGUUUGAGAGAAAAGUUGAUACAAGCGGGAAGACGUAUAUUUGCGCCCUGCCGCAUGUUAUACGGGCUCAGUGCGGGAUCACACACCCGCACUCUCUUCCCCGAAACGAUUACAGAAACACUCUUGCGUCUAAGUCAGUACAGGGCGUGAUAAAAAAAUAUACUCAGGUCAAACAGUUUAAUACUAGUACGUGUCUUUCUCAGUGUUUCCAUGUUAAAUUUUUUUUUGUUCAUAUGUAGAAAAUUGUUUGCUUUUUGUUUUCACCAAAAAAAUUACCCGAGGAUUUUUUUUUUGUAAGAAAAGAUAAAACUGGGUUCGAUAUCCUGACAGCUCGAUGUCAAAUACGACGUUGUUUUUUUGUUGUUUUUCGCUGCAUAUCUUGUAACUCUUUCCUGCCCAGGAUUCUCACCUUUAAUUUUCCGAUUGUUACCAGAGAGGAGCUUUGUGGCAGGCUCUGCGUUGUCCUGUUUGUCACGGCUCCACGCUCGGACAACGGACCUGACAGUGCAGAGUUGCCCACGCAUCCCCCACCGUGGCCCUUUCAGGGGUUGUACCAGUUACAGCCAAGGGCUUUGUGUCGGGAUCUUCGGCAAAAACGAUGGCUUUCGACACAAAAUGCCAGCUCACCAAACUCGACAGCUCCGCUGGUGAGAAAUCGCCCCGCAAAUGUCUGGCGUCACCUGUAUUCAAAUAUUGCCAAAUAGGCGGAAAAUUCUACCUGUCGGGACAGAGAGCGAGAGAGAGGGGGGGGCAGAAAUGGGUUAAUUUACUCGUAAUGGGGAAAGAAUCUUCCCAAGCCCGCGUGCGAUGUCACGUCCCGCCAUAAGGCCACGCUGCCACGUCUCGGGCGGCGAGUAGGCCCGGCGGGCACGGGGGCGAGAGCGCAACGGCGUCUCCUCCUCCGAUGACGACUCGCGCCAAAACGCUCUCCCCUCUCCCGGCACGGGGGGAGAAAGCAGCAUUCGCUUGUCUGGAUAAGGGCUGGAUAAACCUUUAUUCUACCUUAAAACACCGGUCGAUAAACACGUCCGAUUAUCGGUAAGCUUUCGGUCAAAGGACGAACCCCCCUCCUCGUGGACUGGAAGGCUGUUAACUUACGUACAGGAACAAAA